AUGUCCGAACAACUUAGCCAGGUCACCGACACAAAUAUCACCAGCGAAGCCCGGAAAAUUGAUGACUAUAGCGAAUACAGCUGGAGCAUCAUAUCCGAAGUCACAGCACGACUACAAGGCACACUCUAUGCCAAACUAUGGCGGACUAGCAUGGAGAAAUUCUCAGUCACUCGCUCGAUCUCCGAUACACAAAAGGAACUUGGAGAAUUAGUUGCCAAUGCACCACUUCCACCGGAUUUGCUCAAGUCUAGGAUUGAACCUUUUCUCAGUAUGCCUACCAGUACGCAAGAUGAAUGCGAUGCUGCUCGGCUUAGGCUUCAUGCUAUUCUUGACACGCCUUGUUAUAAGUUUCCUCCCGACUACCCAACGACUUGUGAAAUGGAGGUUUUUAGAGAGAAUCUAAAGAAGCUCUUGGGACCAGAAAAAGAAAAUCAGUUCUGGAAAAUCUACAAUGGAUUUCCAGGAAAUAAAGGAGCUAAUACAAAGGAGAGUAAUGUAGCAAGACAAGAAUUGCUAGAGUUGUUAGGAGAGAACGAUGAACUUCUUGAAGUAUUCAAGAGAAAUUGGCCAGCUGGGAACUGGGAGAUUCGCUUUAUACCGAGUGGAAGUUAUGGUGAUGGGUUGUAG